AUGGAGACACUUGGCAGAGAUGAGCUAGAAAGGUUGAUGUUCUUUGAGCAAGCACGGGAGCAAGAAGAGCAAAAGUAUAAGCAGAACAACCAGGAUGUCGUGGCGCUGACGAGAUGGGGUGGAGCUUUGUUGGAACUCGCUCAUUUCAGACAGGGAGUCGAGGCAUAUGGGAUGAUCCAGGAGGCAGCAGAGAAGUUCAAAAUGGCACUAACUAUUGAACCUGGAAAGCAUGACGCACUCUGGUGCCUUGGGAAUGCGUACACAUCCCAGGGCUUCUUGACAACCGAAACUGCCCAGGCCCUGGAAUUCUUCGAGCAGGCAACUGACUGCUUCAAGAAAGCUCUGCACGAGGAACCAAACAACGAUGUGUACAAGAAGGCGCUUGAGAUGACGCACCAGGCGCCCCAGCUGCAUGCAGAGCUGCAGAAGCAGAUACAUGCAUCCCAGUUUGCCAGUGGUGAGGGCAGCGCUGCAACGCGCCCCAAGAGCAGCAGCGACUUCUGGUAUGACGUGGCGGGAUGGGUGCUGCUGGGCGGCAUCAUUGUUGGCUGGGUGGCUCUGGCACGGAACUCAGCACCACCUCAGGCUCCCAAGUGA